CCUUUUCUAACGCCUUUAGUCCUCUCUCUCUCUCUCCCUCCCAUGCAUACCUUUUCUACCCUCUUCACUGCCAAACUAUUUAUCGAUUUGUGUCCACUAAAUUAGACACUCAUUUUCCCCACAAACUUUGGUCUCACUACACUCUCUCUCUCUCUCUCUCUCUCUCUCAGAUAUUCGUACACAUAUUCAUACAGAUUCUAUGGAAGAGCUAAUAAUCUCUCCCUCUUCAUCCUCUUCAUUAGUAUCUUUACCACAAGAAACCUCACCAUCCCUACAACAAAGGCUUCAGUUUAUUGUCCAGUCUCAGCCAGACUGGUGGUCGUACGCGAUUUUUUGGCAAACCUCGACCGACCACCAGGACAAUGGCCGUCUCCUUCUGACAUGGGGAGACGGCCAUUUCCAAGGCUCCAAAGACCCCUCCGCCAAACACCACAACAACCCCUAUGGGAUUCUCUCAGAAAGAAGGAAAAUCCUCAAGGGCAUUCAAUCUCUCAUCAACGACAACAACCCAGAUCAUCAUCAAGACAGCAUCAUGGAUCACAUGGGCUUGGACGCCGACGUCUCCGACGGCGAGUGGUUCUACGUCAUGUCGUUGGCUCGAUCUUUCUCCAUUGGCGACAGCGCCAUUAGCGCUAGUGUUCCCGGCAAGGCCUUCAGCUCCGGCUCUGUGGUGUGGCUCACUGGCGCCCAUGAGCUCCAAUUCUACAACUGCGACAGAGCCAAAGAGGCCCAAAUGCAUGGCUUUCAAACCCUGGUCUGCAUCCCAACCCCCACCGGCGUUCUCGAAAUGGGUUCUUCAGAUUCGAUCAGAGAAAACUGGAGCCUGGUCCAGCAGGCCAAGUCGUUAUUCCGAUCGGACUUCAUCUGCUCGGUAGCAGACCAACCCGACCCGGAAACCAGAUCCCCCAUCGACUUCAUAAACCGAAACUUCUCUUUCGCCGAUAUCGGAAUCAUCGCCGGCGUAGAAGAAGAGGAGGACGACAAGAAGGAAGUGGCGCUGGACUUGACGAUGAUGAAGAGGAAGGGUGGAAACCCGGGAACGGGUCUGUUCCCGGAUCCAAACCCGAACCCGAAGCCAGACUACUCGGACUCCGACGGCCCGAAACGGACACCGAAAAAGCGGGGCCGAAAACCGGGUCUGGGCCGCGACACGCCGUUGAACCAUGUGGAGGCGGAGCGGCAGCGGCGGGAGAAACUGAACCACCGGUUCUACGCACUGCGGGCGGUGGUCCCCAACGUGUCGAGAAUGGACAAGGCGUCGCUGCUAUCCGACGCCGUUUCUUAUAUCAACGAGCUGAAGACGAAGGUGGACGAAUUGGAGUCGCAGGUACAGAGAGAGUCAAAGAAAGUCAAGGUCGAAACAGGAGAUAAUCUGGACAUCCAGAGCACCACCACGUCCGUGGAGCAGAUCGCGAAGCCCCCCAGUUCGUCUGCGAAUGGGUCUGGGCUCGAAGUGGAGGUGAAGAUUGUGGGCACCGACGCCAUGAUUAGGGUGCAGUCAGAGAAUGUGAACUACCCAUCCGCCAGAUUAAUGGCGGCGCUGCGGGACUUGGAGUUGCAGAUCCACCAUGCGAGCUUGUCUUGCAUCAACGAGCUCAUGCUUCAAGAUAUUGUGGUGAAGGUUCCAGAAAACAUGAGAAGCGAAGACAGCCUCAAAUCUGCUCUUCUUAGAAUAUUAGAUCAGAACUAAAAAGCAGGACCGACGGAUCGUUCAAGGCAAUGUGUGUGUCCGCACAUGGUCGAUCUUUGAAUUGGGUAAACCUUGAUUUUCAGUUUGCCAAGUUUGAAUUUAUUUAUUUAUCUCUGUAUUAAUAAAUAAUUGAAGUUCCUUA